AUGGACAAGUUCCACGACAGGCAGCACGUGCGGCUGCGGAGCGGCGUGCACGGCACGUACCUCCACGCCAACGACGACGGGCGGAGCGUCUCCCUCCGCCGGCGCCGCGCGACGCUGGAGACGGCGUGGACGGUGCACAUCUACCAAGGCACGUACCUGCUCCUCCACAGCGCCGCCUACGGCCGAUACCUUGCCGCCACGGCCACGCGGGCGCCGCUCGCGCUCGGCCACCUCGGCUUCCGCGCCGAGCUGCGGGACUACGACCAGCCGGAGGUGGAGGCCAUCAUGUGGCGGGCCGUCGAGGCGGGUUCCAGCGGGGACUUCAUGCUCCGCAACGCCGGCGGCCGCUACCUCCGCGCCAAUGGCAGGCACCUCCCCUGGAACACCCGCGUCAGCGUCGACGACGCCAACAACACCAGCACCAUGAUGUGCUGGACCCUCCAGACCGUCCCCUCCAGAAUGGAUGUGCCUAUCCCUCAUUAUCCUGUUCGCCCCCCCGGCGACUGGUUCGGGCUCAGGCCGGGGGUGUGGCGGACAAUCCGGUUCGUGCGGGCGAACGAAGAGGGGUUCUACGCCGAGGAGGAAGGCUGGGAUGCCUUCCCUUUCAGGGGGAGGUCCGUGCACCAUUUGAGGGACGAGCUGUCCACCCGCGUCAACCUGCACAUCUUCGACCUCGUCGCAUGCGUCCGAGCGGGCCGCUACGGGAGGCCGACGCCGCUCGUCGCCAACCUGCCCCAUGGCGGCUCCGGGGAAACCCUCGAGAUCGUCGUCGUCCAGUGCGGGACUCCUGUCUAUGGUAGGCUGCGAUACCCGGAUGUCCACGCAGAGUAG